AUGACGAGCGACGCCAAGAUCAGGUAUCUCAGACUGAACCAGGUGUUCAACAAGGCUCUAGGACAGUCAAUUUCUAAGCUUGAGAGCUGGGAGAAGGUCAGCUCCUGCUUCCCCAAGUAUGCAAGCACACGAGAAGGUGCAUCGAAUCUGGUAAACUGCCAGCGACAGGUCAAAGAAUUCUGGAUGGAACUCUGUAAGAGAGAAUUUGAGGAGAUACUUUCGGAGCGGAACGUCAAGCAGAAGCUAGAUGAGUUGGACGAUCUUAUUUCAGAGGCGAAACAACGUCUGCGAUCUUCGAAGAAGCAAGGUUCAGAAACGCAACCGAGUCGAAAUAUAGAUGAGCUAUCAAGUGAAGAGCUGAUACAAUGCAAUCUGUAUAACGAGAGGCAGAAAGCCAGCGAGCAGUUGGACGUAAGACUGACCGCUUUAAACGACAUGAACAAAGGUCUGCAGAAGGAGCUCAACGGGUUAGUGGAAACGUUGAACGUCGAGCAAGCGGAACUAUCUAAGCUGUAUGACAGAUACCUCGGGAGCGCAGUUGAGCAACCGCUGGAUGAAACUCUGGUGCAAGGUCUGGGCGAUAUGCUCAGUGAACUUCGGGAGGUAUAG